ACACUUUCCACCACAAAGCCAUUCAAGCCUACCGUGCGGCAUCAAAACCGAUUUAGCGUGUCGCUGUUGCUUGAGGAGAUUGAUAGUUUAACCAACGGGAUUGACAGUUCAGCAGCGACCAACGGAGCCAUGUCAGAGGACGAGAAUACAAACAAGACGUUCGCCAUCGUCAAGCCUGAUGCGCUGACACCGUUCAAAUACCAGCAGAUCGAUGCGCUUAUCAAGCUCAACGAGUUCGAGAUCACGCGGCAGAAGCUGGUUUGGCUGACGCCCGAGCAGGCAGACGCGCUGUUUCCAGAGAGGUCGUUUGACCAGGACCACGCGCAGUGGGUCGAGUACAUCACCAGCGCACCCAGUCUGGCGCUGGAGCUGACCAAACCGAACGCGACUCUCUACUGGCAGAUCGCUAUGGGUUCCGAGUUUUCAGCUGAGAACGACGACCGGGACGACGACUCGAUUCGCGGCAUUCUGGCAAUCGACCGCAUCCGCAAUGCGGUUGACGGCAGCGAAGAGCCUGAAAAUGCAGUCAAGCAGCUAGAGCUGGUGUUCUCGGACCGUGUUCCCGAGAUCCCGUACGACAACUUUCUGAUGAUGCGCGCUGUGGCCGCGCACAACACAUUGGCCAUGAUCAAGCCCGAUGUGUCGCUGGACAAGAAUGCAGUCAACAGGAUAAUCAGCAGGAUCACGGCGCGCGGGUAUGCGAUCAAGGACCGUGUCGAUAUCAAGCUGUCCAAGGCCCAGGCGCGCGCAUUCUAUGCUGAGCACGAGGGGAAGCCGUUCUUUGAUGCCCUGAUUGAGUUUAUGACCAGCGGACCAGUUAUUGCGCUGCUACUGGACGGCGACGAUGUGAUCCGUGGGUGGCGCAUGAUGAUCGGUCCGACCGAUAGCGAGGCAGCGCGCCAGACUGCUCCAUUGUCAUUGAGGGCCCUGCUUGGAGCGAAUCUGCAGUAUAACGCCGUGCAUGGCAGUGACUCGCUGGACAGUGCCAAGCGUGAGCUGACGUUCUUCUUCUCGCCACGGAUCCAGCACGAAGAGGACCCCGAGCCGGUGAAGGAGGAGGUCGAGGAGGUAUCUGACGUUGAUAAUGACGACAAGACAGCCGAGGAGCCGGCAGCCAGUGGCGAGGACAAGAAGAAGAAAAAGAAGAAGUCAAAGCGCCGCAAGCGCAAGCAGACGGUGUCCUCCGCCACGCCCUCUGGUCCAGAGACACCGGCAACAACCACAGCCGCUGUAUCAGACGCAAGCGACGCUGAGAAUGCCAAUGCCAACGGGGCAUCAGCGAAGCAGUCAGUAGUCGAGUUAGCACAGCCCUCCGAUCCCAUGUACGAGCGCACAUUCGGGCUGAUCAAGCCUGACGCAUACCCCCGCUAUCGCAAGCAGAUAACAAAACACAUCAUCGAGCGCGGGUUCACCAUCGUAGCCCAGGAACAAGUCGUGCUGACCACUGCAUGCGCGGAGCGACUGUACAGUGAGAUGCGCAGCUUCCCAAUCUACUCACGCCUGAUCGAAUUCGUUACCAGCGGGCCAGUGCUGGCAUUAGUGCUCGAGGGGAUCGAUGCUGUUGAUUCAUGGCGUGGGUAUGUCGGCCCGGCCCUUCCGAAGAGUGCCCGGUUCGAGGCCCGCGACAGCCUGCGUGCAAAGUACGGGACUGACGCGCAGAUGAACGCUGUUCAUGCGAGCAAAGACAGCGAAGCUGCGGCCAGCGAGAUCGAAACGGUCUUUUAUGGCCUGCUUGGCGGCAAAUACACCACGCUCACGACGACAGAUGAUCCUCUGGCAACUGAAUUCCCAGCUGAGAUUGAGCACGCCCGGGCUGUUGCCGAAGCUGCUGCUGCUGAGGCUGAGGAGGAGGCUCGCCGUAAGGCGGAGGAAGAGGCUAAGGCUGCUGCUGAGGAGGCCCGACUAAAGGCUGAAGAAGAGGCGCGGAUCAAGGCUGAAGAGGAAACCCGUCUCCAGGCCGAAGAGGAGGCCCGCCUUAUUGCAGCCGAGGAAGCACGUCUCAAGGCUGAAGAGGAGGCACGCAUUGCCGCUGAAGCCGCAGCAGCCGAGGAGGCUCGUCUCAAGGCGGAGGAGGCGAAGACAGCUGAAGAGGAGGCACGUCUUAAGGCUGAAGAGGAGGCUCGUGUCAAGGCAGAGGAUGGCGCUAAGGCGGUCGAGGAAGCUAAGAUCAAGGCAGAGGAAGAGGCAAAGGCCCAGGAGGCGCAAAUUGCUGCCGAAGCAGCCGCUAAGGAAGAGGAGGAGGCUAGGGGUGCUGAAGAAGCUAAGGUCAGGGCUGAGGAGGAAACCCGCGCCGCCGCUGCCGCCGCUGCCGCCGCUGAAAUCGCCGCUGCCGAAGCCGCUGUCGCUGCCGAGAUUGAGGCUGAAAUCAGGGCCAAGGCCGGGGGAGAGGCUGCUCACGAUGAGCACAUUGAAGACAGUGCGCCUGCUGAGAACAAGAGCACGGCCGGAACACCAGCGAUGUCACCCCAGACUAAGCCAAGCUCGCACUUUGGCCAGCGCCUUGCCAACUCGCCAUUCCUCCAGGCAGACAGGCUCUCGGGUGGUGAGCAGACGCCGCCGCCCAAGCGGCCGGGGCGGGUCAUCUCGCCAUUCCUUGAGCACGGACACCAGGAGCCAAAGUCGAUCUCUGGCGUCUUGGCGGUGAAGCCGGAGGAUGUUAAGCAGGAUGAGUCAAACGACACGGACAAUGUUGCUGGCCAGCGUAGCGGUCUGAACAUCGAGACCGAUAAACCUGCUGAGGAGAAGACCGCUGAGGAGAAAGAGACCCCUGCCAAGAACCCAGCCACCCACGCAGCACCUCGCUCAGCUGCUUCUGGUCCCCCACGCACGACCCGCCCCGCGCGCCCAGCACAACCAACCACACCAACAAAGCCAUCAGGUGCCACUGCAUCUCGCACCACUCCGACUCGCCCAGCUCCCGGUCGCGCUGCUCCCGGUGCUCCCGUGCGGCCUGUCCGCCGCGCAGUUCCAGGAGAUACUAGCAAGCCUGCAUCCACCAGUGGCCCCACAGUCCGUCGGCCAACCCUCACUGGUGCUUCGACUACGCUGCGCACAACUGACACUGCCCGCACCACCCGUCCCGCACCCACGACGCCAACUCGUGCUCCUACCACAGCAUCAGCGCGGUCCCCGACGUCUGCCCGGGCACCGGUAGCCCGGGCACCGGUGACAUCGCCAUCCACUGCUCGUCGCCCUGCUGCAUCCAGCACAGCCCGGCCCUCGACGUUGUCACCAUCUACGGCUCGCACUGCUCGCACUACCACCGUGCCGGCAAAGUCGCCCACUACUAUGGCGCCCUCUCGUGCCCGCGCUUCCUCGACUUCGGGGGCAGUCAGAGCAGCAACAACUACUGGAACCCCGGCAACUAGGUCUCGCCCUCCUGUGCCAUCAUUUGCGGCGCCGUCUGCCCGGCGUCCAACAGCGACGACUACAGCGACGACCGCUGGUGCUGCCAGAUCCACCAUGAGCACCACACGGCCGGCUGCUACGUCGGCUAAGCCCGCUGUCCGCACUGCGUCAGCUACCCCUGCAAGACCAACGGCAUCCACUACGACCCGCUCGACUGUCACUAGACCGACUGCGAGCGGACCAAGCACGGUCCGACCGACCACCACCCGCCCGACUGUGACUCGGACUGCUCCUUCCACGAGGACGCCUGCGGCAGGCUCAUCGGCUCGUGUGCCAGCAGCCAGGCCAUCGGCUACUAGCGCUGGUCGUGUGCCUGUUACUCGGGCCCCUGCCAGCACCCGGACGGCCACGGCCACAGCCACGACCACGGCAUCUACGACCCGUGCUACAGCUGCAAGGUCCACAGCGCCGGUUAGCCGCACACCUGUCCGCCCCACAGCCACCGCAGCUGCCCGUGCGCGGCCUGCCCCUAGCCAGACGAAGCCAGCUGUUCCCCGUGCGCCAGCCAAGAGGCCCUCUGCACCGGAGAACAAGCCCUCUGAAGCCAAGGAGCCUGUCAAGACUGAGGAUGCUCCCAAGGCGGAGGAAAAGCCCGCUGAGGUCAGUGAUAGUACUUCCAAGACCGAGGAGCCAGCGGAGGCACCAGCGGAGGCACCAGCGGAGGCACCAGCGGAGGAGCCGGAGAAGGAGUCGGCGGAGGAGUUGACCGAGAAUUGAGCAGAGCCAUGGUCAAUGCUUGCACGUGACCACGGUGGCAGGUCUUUGUUGACAGUUGUUGCCCCAGACCAAAACGUCACGGCCUACAAGCGCCCCUCGCCCUCUUCAGAUUUCCAGCUUUAGCCAGUCGUCUUUAAUUCCACUCUUUUACGUUUUCAAACAAGCACAUUUAAACCCUUCUUUCUCCAGGCAAAUGCUGUCGCCGAACCCGUUUGACCCGACGCUCUGCGGCGAAAUACCGUCGGCGCAGAAUAC